AGUUGCAGCCCCGGACUUGGAGGCCGCUGAGGACCCAGUGCAGGAGUAAGGAGGCAGUGCGCGGCGGCGGCCGGCAAGGAGGAGGCAGAGAGCCCCGGGCCAGGCCCCGCGCACCGCUCGCGUCCCGAAAAGUGGAGCUGCAACUUGGCCACGACUGCACCUGUUUGCACCGCUCCGCCGAGGCGACAGGGCUGCGGCGGCGGCGGCGGCGACCCCGGCCAUCGCCGUCUCCGGCAAGUGGUUUGAGCACGAGGAGAAACUUUGCAGCUGUGAGCUGGACCUGCGCUGAGUGCGUGUGUUUUUGCCUCUUGUUCUGUCGUCGUUGCUUCCGCCUGCCCCGUCCUUCUCUCUGGUAGGACUUCAGCCCCCUCCCCACGUCUCGCUCUGUUCCGCUGAGCCCCUCUCCAUCCUCCACCCCCGGCCGUCUAUGCUCCUGGCCCUCCCCGCGCGGUGCCGGUGAACCCGCGGGCCGCCCCGAUGUACAGCAUGAUGAUGGAGACCGACCUGCACUCGCCUGGCGGCGCCCAGGCCCCCACGAACCUGUCGGGCCCGGCCGGGGCGGGCGGCGGCGGGGGCGGCGGCGGCGGCGGCGGUGGGGUCGCCAAGGCCAACCAGGACCGGGUCAAGCGGCCCAUGAACGCCUUCAUGGUGUGGUCCCGUGGGCAGCGGCGCAAGAUGGCCCAGGAGAACCCCAAGAUGCACAACUCGGAGAUCAGCAAGCGCCUGGGCGCCGAGUGGAAGGUCAUGUCCGAGGCCGAGAAGCGGCCGUUCAUCGACGAGGCCAAGCGGCUGCGCGCGCUGCACAUGAAGGAGCACCCGGAUUACAAGUACCGGCCGCGCCGCAAGACCAAGACGCUGCUCAAGAAGGACAAGUACUCGCUGGCCGGCGGGCUGCUGGCGGCCGGAGCGGGCGGCGGCGGCGCGGCCGUGGCCAUGGGCGUGGGCGUGGGUGUGGGCGCGGCGGCCGUGGGCCAGCGCCUCGAGAGCCCGGGCGGCGCGGCGGGCGGCGGCUACGCGCACGUCAACGGCUGGGCCAACGGCGCCUACCCCGGCUCGGUGGCGGCGGCGGCAGCGGCCGCGGCCAUGAUGCAGGAGGCGCAGCUGGCCUACGGGCAGCACCCGGGCGCGGGCGGCGCGCACCCGCACGCGCACCCGGCGCACCCGCACCCGCACCACCCGCACGCGCACCCGCACAACCCGCAGCCCAUGCACCGCUACGACAUGGGCGCGCUGCAAUACAGCCCCAUCUCCAACUCGCAGGGCUACAUGAGCGCCUCGCCCUCGGGCUACGGCGGCCUCCCCUACGGCGCCGCGGCCGCCGCCGCCGCCGCCGCGGGCGGCGCGCACCAGAACUCGGCCGUGGCGGCGGCGGCGGCGGCGGCGGCCGCGUCGUCGGGCGCCCUGGGCGCGCUGGGCUCGCUCGUCAAGUCUGAGCCGAGCGGCAGCCCUCCCGCCCCGGCGCACUCGCGGGCGCCGUGCCCCGGGGACCUGCGCGAAAUGAUCAGCAUGUACUUGCCCGCCGGCGAGAGCGGCGACCCGGCGGCAGCCGCAGCAGCGGCGGCACAGAGCCGGCUGCACUCGCUGCCGCAGCACUACCAGGGCGCGGGCGCGGGCGUCAACGGCACGGUGCCCCUGACGCACAUUUAG